GGCAAACUGGAGAGAUGAUAUGACAAGUCGUCGCCGUCGUUGAUCAAUCUGCAUUGGAGUGAGUUGGAUUUGUUUUCAUCAUCAUUGCAAUCAGCCGCAAGCGAGAUCUCGGCGAGGGGAAGGGGAGCAGGGAGCAUCAGAGCGCCAUUGAGAUGCUCAAGACAAAGCGGCUGCUGCCAAUCCUGCUCUCUGCCCUCGUAGCCGUCUUCGUCUUUGCCCGCUGCGGCGUGGCGACGCUGAGGUCCAUCAGCAGCUCAUCUGCCGUGGGUAAGUAUGCGAUGAACACAAAAGCGCGAUGUGCCUGUCUGGCUCAUUAUGUCUGUUGCUUGGGUGUGCUUGUUCAAUCCAGGUGACAGUGUGGCGGCUCGUCAACUGGUAGCUGUUGUGGCGGUGUGCCGACACGGCGCCCGAUCCCCCAUAGAUUUCUUUGCCAAUGAUGAGAAUACUGCUGCGGUAAGCUAAUGGCCGUGCACGCGGAGAGAACAGGUGACCGACAAGUGCGAUUGUCUGUCCCUGUUGUCCGUCUGUGGUUCACACAGACGUGGCCGAUGGGUCGAGGAUUCCUGACGCCACUCGGUGUGCGGCAGAUGUUCCUGCUCGGGGCAGCUCUGAGGCAUCGCUAUGUGGACAAGCACCAGCUGCUCAGUCCAUCGUACACGCGGCAAGAGGUGUUUGUGAGAUCCACUGCUAAGCUGAGGACGGUGCAGAGCGCUUCGGCACUGAUGAUGGGGAUGUUCCCGGCGCCCCAGCGUGUGUGGCAGCUCAACGAAGACCAGGCAUCGUCUCACGCCGCCCUGCCACCGAUGUUAGUAGGAGAGGAGCGAUACGACGGCCCCUUCGACGUGAGCUCUGUCUUGGAUCAUCUCGGCGACUCGGCCCUCCCAUUCAUGCAGACCGCCGUACCUGUCCUGUCGCUCGGUCUGUCCUCCGACCACCUCCUGCUUGGCUUUGAGGUGAGGGGGCACCAAGGCGACUUCUGUCUGCUCGUCCCAGCUUCUCUCUGUCUCUGUGUGCAGCCCAAUACGUGUCCGCCGUUAUCCAAGGUAAUGGACGAGCUGCUAAACGACGAGGAGGCCAAGGCAGCCAACGCCAAGUGGCUGCAGGAGAUCAACGAGGCCCACACUCGCUUCGACACACGGCCGGACGCGUUUGGUCUGGGUGCUCUCGGCGACACAUUAGCCUGCGAGAAAGCGGAUGGCCGGCAGCUCCCUGUGAGCGAAGACUCAGCCUUAUACCGCGCAGCGAUUGAGGCCAAGGACUUCGGAAUCUCGCACUUGAACGGCCACCCCACCAUCGCCCAGAUCGGCGCCACCCCUUUCUACUCUGUCUUGGUGGACAUACUGUCGAGCAAAGCGCAGACGGGCAAGAUGAAGAUAUCCGAUGCGGCCAGCCCCUUUCUCGGCACACCAGAGCUACACGAAGACACCAGAUUCGUGCUCCUUUCGGCCCACGACUCGACCAUCAGCAACUUGCUUGGGUUUAUCGGUCUGAACGACGGCAAGCAGCCCCCCUUCGCCUCUCUGCUGGCUUUCGAGCUGUGGAGGGAGCCAUCGGGAGAGUUCACUGUGUCGGUCCUCUACAAUGCGGCAGAAAAGCCGGUGCCCGGUUGCUCGAGCGAUCCCUGUUCGCUGGAGGCCUUCCAGCGCAUAGUUGAUGACAAGAAGGUGCCAGGGGGCUACCUCCCCUACUGCGGGAAGGAGACUUCGUCGGCCGCGUCAGGCGAUGCGGGGAGGGGCAUCCAGGCCGCCCCCGCGAGACGCCUGGGACAGCCCGAGGAGACGGACGACAUGGAGAGUGGCGAUGCACACGAUGAGCUGCUGCAGCUGCAUGACGGCAGGCGGGGCAGGGUGGCGGGCAUGCGAUCGCUGGAGCCGUGGCAGGACCUGGCGGCUGAAGAGGGGUCGCCUGAAAUGGCCGGCAUAUAGUUAGGGCGAAUGAGGGGAGGGGUGCUUUGUGUGUUGCAAUGUCGAUUUUGUCGUCCCUUUCAUGCGGCGAGAGCGACAGUGUACAGAGUUUUGUGGGAGCGUGCGUGUAUUUGUCCUAUGUAUGUGUGUGUGUGUGAGGGCCAUAGCGCUCAGAACGGACUGCUCGCAUCAUGAUGACGUGAUGUGCUGGGCAGAUGAGAUGGAUGAGACAUGGGAUUCACGACCUCAAAAUUUGAC